GUUACACUCGCUCGAUAAAUGAGGAGAGAUAAGCCUCAUCUCAUCGACAUAGAUUCUUUACUAUAAAGAAUCGUCUCAUCAUUGUCUCACAUUUCCCUUAAAACAUGCGGCGAGUCCAAUUUGUCCACGACGACGAAUGUUUACUCGCCACAUGUUCAUAGCGACGGGACACGAACUUUUAAUUUCUGAAGAGCUGAAUUAAGAAAUUUAUAUAAUUUCAACACCAAGUAAAAAUUGCUGAAAGGGUGACGCAAUGCAGGCUGAGAAGAGUGCCUUAUCCACCCAAGAAAUGGACGAAAUGGAUGUCGCCCCCAGUGCUCUGAUGAAUCCACUGUUACUGAACGUGAUCUUCUCUUAUUUGGACGCCCCCACCCUGAAGAAAUCUGUCCGACCCGUCUGUACCCUGUGGGCCGACCUUGGCGCCCCCUUUCUCGGGGGUAAGACCACAGUGACGUUCUCGGAAGACGCACAAUGCGGCAUGUCAACCUCAGAAAUUAUCGGACUGGCCAAGUUUCACCCAAAAUUGGCCAAGAAGGUCAAACUUGCGGCAUCCACGUGCCCCUGUGAUUGGUCCGAAGACUUACCGGAAAACUUUGUCAAAACCCUGCCCAAGUUUGCACGCCACGUGGAGGAAUUUGAGGUCAAGAUUAACUCUUCAUUUUUACCCGGUCUGCACAAAGUUUGGCAAGCACGUCGUUACCGUUUCCAGAACUUGACGAAAAUUUCCAUCAUCAUUUGCGCCUCGUAUGACGAAAAUGAAUUCACUAUUGUGACGGAGACGUAUCCAAAGAUGGAAAACGUUAAGGAGAUCUCGUUUACGAUGGCGGACCAGUACCUCCCCGACCAGGACGAUAUGGCAGCCUCCAUUUGUCAAAAACUGCUCAAUGCUGCCCCCAACGUGGCGGAGGUGGAGUUGAAGGCGAGUUUCUACCUGGAUUUUAGCUCCUCCAAGAAACUGGCCAAGUUUUCGUACACAUUCGUGAAAUUCUUGGAUGUUGAGACAGAUGAGCCCGUCAGUUUUAUGGAUAUGGAUCGAGUGACGGAAAUGUUGGCGACUUGUUGUGGGGAAUCUUUGGCUGAAUUAAAGCUCUCCCAUGUGGCAGAGCUUAAUGGCGACGAGGAAGACGACGACGGCGACAUACCAGAGAUCUUAUCGCUCCCAUCGCUCCCAAGCUUGACCCGAUUGUCCCUCUCUGCCAUGGAAGCUUACCGCUUAGGUGACUGCCUGCAGGAGACGAACCUCCCAAAUCUGACCCACGUCACUCUCGUCCCCUCCAACAAACAGUAUAUCACGUUAUCCGACAUAUUUGAACACUUCCGCCAACCUCACGUCGGAGUCACGUCGCUCGAUCUAUCCGCCAUGUAUGACGGGGAUGAGGACAAGGUCACCACGGCGGCCGAGAUCGUCCGACUUUUCCCCGCCGUGGCGAAAUUCCAGUUACAGCUGACCAACCUGCAGAGUGAGGACGACGAUGACGACGACGACAUGGAUUCCGGCGUGACGGACACCCUGCGAAACUUUGCCCCUUGGGAGGUGACCUCGGCUUUGGUGGAGAUGAAGAAUUUGGAAAGUUCGGGAGAUGUGUUGGCCACGAUGAAGGGUUUGAUGGGAUGGAAGGGUUUAGCACAUACCGAGGUUCGACUUUGCGCUGCAGCUGGGACAAUUUUUAUUCCGGGGGAUGCCGUAAAAGCGGUUCUUUUGGCCUGUAAGGAGGUGAAAUUGGUGCAAAUGUCGGGAUUUGUGAUCAAGGGGAAGGAUAAAUUUCAAGGAUUUAUUGAAGCUAACCGUCUCCCGAUUACUUUGUCAGAGUAAAUUCAUCACAACGAAGGACUUGUUUUAUGUAUUAAUUAACGAUAUAAGUUUUAUGUAUAGAUUUUUGUUAAAUAUGUGAAAUCCCUUGGUAUUUUGGGGCCUAAAAAGUUUACCAUCUGCAGAACCUUGUUUAUAAUUUGUUAAAAUUGUUUUGUAUUAUAAUAAAUAUGUAAAAGAACAAUGGAAAAUAAAUUGUUUGUCCAUCGAAAUUGAA